GCGCAUUCGUGAUGAUCUCCAAUUCCUGAAAACUCUCUCACUUCUCGCAUGACGCAUCCCACUCUCUUCCUCGAGCCGGAAUGAUAUUUAUUCUAGGGUUUACGAAAAGCAUAAGAAAAGCAAACACCAUAGCUACUGCUACUUCUAGGGUUUAUAUACAUCUGCAAGGCUCUAUACAUUGCGACAUUGUCGGAUAAGGAUAACAAUAGCAGCUUUCCUGGUUUGAUCUCUCUAACGUCGUUUUUGAGUUUUGUAAAAAGUCAUACUAGAGUCCCACUAGUUUCAGGGUUUCUCAGUUCGUCAUUAGCUAUAGAAGCAGAGUAGAACCGUCGAAGCAACUGAACUGGGUCUGACUGCCUUUCUGUAGGAAAACUUCCGGAGUUUUCAGAGUUUUCACUUUUGUAGUUGAAGGUUUCCGGAAUUGUAAGUGUUUUUAAGGGUUAGAAUUCAGAAUCUUUGGAUAUCGGUCGUAACGUUUCUGGGGUUUAGGAUUCAGAAUCUUUCUAUCAUUGAUCAUUAUGACUCUGUCUUUGGCUGAUGAGGCUUUGGAGAAGACUUCUGGCUCUUCUCGCCCCACUCGCGCUUGCUAUGUUCCUCCUCAUCUCAGAAACAAGAGUUUUUCCACACCCGUAUCAUCUCAGAUUCCCUCCUCUAAUGAAACUUUACCUGGUUCUCAAUUGAACCGUUCCGGGAGUAGAGAAUCUAGAAGGUCAGGGAGGUGUAGAUGGGGGGACCGCCAGAGGGGAGGAGGCCAUGAGACAAACCCAUUUGAUGUUGCUGAUAAAUUUGCUGAUUUGGAGGUUUCCCAGGACGAGACCGGUGGUGGUGGAAUUAACUUUGAUGCUUACGAAGACAUUCCUGUUGAGACAAGUGGCUCUGAUGUGCCCCCGCCGGUUAACACGUUUGCCGAGAUCGAUCUCGGGGAUGCAUUGAGUGAGAACAUUCGGAGAUGUAAAUAUGUCAAACCGACCCCCGUUCAACGCCACGCAAUUCCCAUUGCCGUUGCCGGGCGGGACCUGAUGGCUUGUGCGCAGACAGGGUCGGGAAAGACGGCAGCAUUUUGUUUCCCCAUUAUUAGUGGGAUCAUGAGGAACUGGAUGCAGCAGCCGAUGCCACCGCAUGGAGCACGGACAGCUUGCCCUCUUGCUCUUGUUCUCUCCCCAACCAGAGAGUUGUCUUGUCAGAUACACGAGGAGGCCAAGAAGUUCUCUUAUCAGACAGGGGUGAGGGUUGUUGUUGCCUAUGGAGGAGCUCCAGUGUUUCAGCAGUUGCGUGAUUUGGAAAAGGGUGUUGAUAUCCUAGUUGCUACUCCCGGACGCUUGGUGGAUUUGAUUGAGAGAACAAAGGUUUCACUUAGAAUGAUAAAGUAUUUAGCUUUGGAUGAAGCUGAUCGAAUGUUGGACAUGGGUUUUGAGCCCCAGAUCCGUCGGAUUGUUGAGCAGAUGGACAUGCCUCCACCAGGUGUAAGGCAGACGAUGCUAUUUAGUGCCACCUUUCCAAAUGAGAUACAGAGAUUAGCUUUUGAUUUUCUUUCAAAUUACAUUUUCCUGGCUGUUGGAAGGGUUGGUUCAAGCACUGACCUAAUUUCUCAAAGAGUUGAAUUUGUUCAAGAAAAGGACAAGAGAAGCUAUCUAUUGGAUCUUCUUCAUGCCCAAAGUGUAAGUGGAACCCAUGGAAAGCAAACAUUAACAUUAGUUUUUGUUGAGACAAAGAAAGGAGCAGACUCGUUAGAACAUUGGCUUUCUACAAAUGGUUUCCUUGCAACAGCAAUACAUGGUGACAAAGUGCAAGUGGAGCGGGAAAAGGCCCUGAGAUCCUUCAAGAGUGGGCAUACUCCAAUUUUGGUAGCAACGGAUGUGGCUGCACGAGGUUUAGACAUUCCUCAUGUUUCUCACGUAAUCAACUUUGACUUGCCAAAAGACAUAGAUGAUUAUGUUCACCGAAUAGGAAGGACGGGCCGUGCUGGUAAGUCUGGCCUGGCAACAGCCUUCUUUAAUGAAGGGAAUCGGUCCAUAGCAAAGGCACUGUCUGAACUCAUGCAGGAAGCACAUCAGGAGGUCCCUGCCUGGCUCAGUCAGUAUGCUGAGAGGCAUAGCGAGAGGUCAUCAUUUUAUGGUGGGGGUGGAAGGAGUUGCAAGUAUGGUAGUGGUAGGUUUGGAGGCCAUGAUUACCGGAGGGAUGCCCCUCCAAGGGGUGGGAACUGUUACUACUAUUCGUAUAGGUCUGGGCCUGGUGGAGCUGGUGAUGCUCCUCCAAGGGGUGGGAAAUGUUACUACAAUUCUUAUAGUUUUGGACCUGGUGAUGCUGGUGAUGGUCCCUAUUCGACCACUUCUCAUGUGUAUGGAUUCAACCAUGAGCCUGUUGUGGCUAGUGGUUGGGACUAAUGCCCCUUCCUUUCUCUUGACAAUCUUUUCUAAAAUUUCUAUAAUGGAUUUAGUAUAUGACACAUACAGUCCUCCAAGCAGUAUUCCUCUCAUGACAGUGGUGUGAAUAUUUUUAAGCAGUAUAUUAGGAUAUGACAUGUAGUCCUUAAAGCGGUAUCCUUCCUAUGACAGUUUUGUUUUAUGUCAUUUCUUUAAGCAGUAUAUUAGGAUAUGGUAGGUACAUGGUAUACUAUACAGAUACACAGUAGUUGAUUACAGGAUGAACAGAGAGAUGAAAAUGGUGAUCUUUAUGGAAACCACUGGGAUGUGGCUUUUUUAUGUGGCAUUUUUUUGUCUAUUCUCUAUAGUUGCCAACUGUUGUACUAAGACGAAAAUGCUGAUUCUUUUGGAGUUGGCAAUACGACAGUUCUUAUCUUCACUGUUCAAACUUGUGCCAUUAGCUGGUUGUAAUCAAGACUAGUUGAGAUUUUGUAAAGCUUCAGUAUAUAUGUAUUCCUGGCUAUUUUUUGGCAAAUUAAAGUCGACUUUUAGUUUGUUUUGCUUUUUAA